CGUGGAUGGUUCUCCAAUACUCAGUUCCAGUGACAUAAACACAUCAAUGAUCAGUGCUUUAUUUCGAAGAACUUAAAAGAUUCAAGGAAACGUUUAUUAAAAAAUCGAAACGGGUUCAACAACACAUAGUCUUAAACGCGAACGGAGGAUCAAUUCUUUUUCUUUUUGGACAUUGUUGAAAUGGUAAAUAGGACAUGGAAUCGUAAUGUACUGUCUACAGUAAUUCUUGGGAUUUUAUUUCUGGGUUUCUCAACGACAUGGAGUAAGGAGGUUUUAACCAAUCAUUGGUAUGUAGAAUUAGACGGGGAUGGAGGAGUCGAAUCAGCAAAAUUGGUGGCCAAAAGAACGGGAUUUACUUAUGUGGGGCCGGUUUUAGGUUCUUCAAAUGAAUUUCAUUUUGUGCAUUCCGCUGUGCCAAACAUAAGGACGAAGAGAAGUAUCGGCCAUACACGUCUACUCAAAGCCCAUCCAAAGGUAAAACGAGCUGUCCAGCAAACAGGCUACCUUCGAGUCAAGAGGGGAUUCAAGCCAAAAAUUACAGGAGUACCUGUUUCAGAGAUAAAAUUAAAAUUACAGUCUUUGGACGAAGAUAAAGCCCGCGCUGUGAAUGUUAAAAUUGACGGAAAAAGUCCAACAGAUCCACUAUUUAAAAAGGAAUGGUACUUGAAAAAUGUGGGCCAGUCAGGUGGUAUCCCAGGACUAGAUCUAAAUGUGGAGGAUGCCUGGGCCCAGGGCUUCACCGGAAAAGGCAUUACAACGGCCAUCAUGGACGACGGAAUUGACUAUCUACACGAAGAUCUACGUCACAGUUACAAUGCAAAAGCCAGUUAUGAUUUUAGCAGCAAUGAUCCUUACCCUUAUCCUCGAUACACAGACACCUGGUUCAACAGCCAUGGAACGCGGUGUGCCGGAGAAGUUUCCGCCGCUAGAGACAACAACAUCUGCGGAGUGGGCGUAGCCUACAACUCUCAAGUAGCGGGUUUACGUAUGUUGGAUCAGCCUUUUAUGACCGACCUUAUCGAGGCUAACGCUAUGGGACACAUGCCCAAUGACAUCGACAUCUACAGCGCCAGCUGGGGGCCGACAGAUGACGGCAAGACGGUGGACGGGCCUCGUAAUAUGACCAUGAGAGCUAUAGUCAAAGGAGUCAACGAGGGUCGACAUGGGCGUGGCAACAUCUACGUGUGGGCGUCUGGCGACGGCGGCGCGGACGACGACUGUAACUGUGACGGAUACGCCGCCAGUAUGUGGACCAUCUCCAUCAAUUCCGCCACCAACGACGGCCAGACGGCUGGGUACGACGAAUCCUGUUCCUCCACUCUCGCCUCCACCUUUAGCAACGGCAAAAGCACUCUUAGAGACGCGGGGGUGGCUACGACCGAUUUGUACAACAACUGUACCACGACUCACUCAGGAACCUCAGCAGCCGCGCCGGAAGCAGCCGGUGUUUUCGCUCUGGCUCUAGAAGCAAAUCCCAAUCUGACAUGGCGGGACAUGCAGCACCUGACAGUAUUAACCUCCAAGAGGAACAGCCUAUUUGACCCUUACCUGAAGCACCACUGGAAGUACAAUGGGGCGGGGCUGGAGUUCAACCACCUGUUCGGUUACGGAGUACUCGAUGCUGGUGCCAUGGUUGAUCUAGCACAGAAAUGGAAGCCACUGCCUGAACGAUUCCACUGCACGGCCGGAAGUGUCAAGAAAGAGAUGAAAUUUGGAACUGAACAACCGAUUGAAUUGAAAAUCGACACCGACGCAUGCGUGGGAACCGAAAAUGAAGUGAACUACCUAGAGCAUGUGCAAGUUUUCGUCACAUUGAAAGCUUCUUAUAGAGGAAAUGUCGUCAUGUUUGUAACAUCACCAAUGAACACUACAACUAUGGUCCUAAGUCAGCGACCCAAUGACGACGACCACAAGAACGGCUUCACCCGCUGGCCCUUCAUGACCACCCACACCUGGGCGGAGAACCCACGUGGUCUGUGGAAGCUGCAGAUAUCUAUGGCCCCGGGCAAGAAUAAUGCCAUGGAUACCGGAUCGUUUUUCGAGUGGACCUUGAUUCUGCACGGAACGAAGGACGCGCCAUACGACAAGCAAGUGGUGGACGGGAACAAGCACACUAAGCUAUACAAGGUCAAGCGGGUCCACGAAGCCAUGAGAAAGGCGUAGACAGAACUCUUGCACGUUCUUCAAUGCUGUUGUCAGUUGAAACAAAAUUAGAAAUUAAACAAUCGCUCUGCACAGUGGUGUGCUUGUAAAACUUUUUAUAACUGCAUAGCUGAAUUUUGGCCACUCUAAAAGAAGAAACGAAAAUAUCCCGGAAAAUGAAUUCAAAAGCAAACAUUUUACCUUUCAUGUUAAGGCGCACAAAACUUGCAUUUUGCGGGGCCAAGAUUUCGGAGAAUCUUUUAAAGGAUUAACUUUGUAGAAUUACAGUCAAAGCCAGUAUUGUUAAAGUUAGGAUGAUGUUAUACAGUUUAUCAAAUAGUUACGAAAAUUGGAGGUUUUGUUGUUAUUAAUUGUUGUUAAUGAUGUUGUUAACAGGAGUUCAAUCAUUUUUAGAGAAAAAAAUACAAAGAAAUUAAAUCCUUUAAUUGUUCAUGUAAAACCGUCUAUUGAAAAUAUCUCGGAAUGAAUAUUAUAAUAUGAUAGCAAAAUAGAAGUUGCAUAGAUAUGUAAAGUUAUAAUUGAUUAAAUGAACAAUUCUUGCUCCUCGUUUGCAAGUUUAAACAAUAAAGUUAAGACACAGCAUAUUGUAAUCAACAACAACAGUUCUUGAAUUUUUUUUAAUACAGUAAAUAUAAGAUUAUCACAGAUCAUACAAUUAUUAUCACAAUAUUUGUAUCAAUUUUUGAUGGUAAAAGCUUUUGACAUGAAAAAUGAUAUUAGAGCAAUUAUGUAAAUAUUCAAAAGGUUCAUCUCACAAAAUAUAUGAUUAUUCAUGAAUAUCAUCAAAGAAAACAAAUUGUAUUAGAAGUAUCAACAUAAUGUUAUUAAAAAGUUUGAUUAAAAUAUUCUUUAAUUUU